AUGGGGCGUGAAGAACAAGUCGAGGAGCGCGAGGUGCUCGAGUCCAUCUUCCCAGAGGAGAUCACAGAUAUCUCGGAAACCGAGUUCAGAAUACAAAUCGCCCUGGACGUCCCGGGAGAGGAGGACGAUCCGCCCACGAUGUUCCUACAGGUCCGCUACCCGGAAGCCUACCCCGAUGAGCCGCCCACGCUCGACCUGCAGUCCGUACCCAAUGCCGCGCCGUACGAGUGGUUCAACGUCUCAGAGGACCGAGAGCACCUUCUCCAGGGACUCGAGGAGACGAUCCAAGAGAACCUCGGCAUGGCCAUGGUCUUCUCGCUGGUGUCGGCACUCAAGGAGGCCGCCGAGGCGCUCAUUGAGGAGCGCAAGCAGGCGCGGGAGAAGGAGCACGAGGAGCGCGCCGCGGCGCUCGAGCGCGAGGAGAACAAGAAGUUUCACGGCACCCCCGUCACGCCCGAGACGUUCCUCAAGUGGCGCGCCGACUUCAUCAAGGAGAUGGAGGAGCAGAAGCAGCGGGAAGAGGAGGAGCGCCUCGCCGAGCUGAAGAAGGCUAAGAUCAAGGAGCCCGUCAAGCUGACGGGGAAGCAGUUGUGGGAGCGCGGCCUGGUUGGUAAGGUUAUUGACGAGGACGAGGAAGAUGGCGCGGGCUUGGUGGAGGGGGUUGACAAGCUCAAGGUCGAGGCUGCGUAA